AUGGCAAUGCUUCCAGCCGAUGAUCAAGAUCAAUACACUCUUGAAACAAGAGACAUUUCGCCGGUGCACUUGCUCACGAAAAUUGAGUCUUUUUCGAGGCUAUGGAAGCAUGAGAUUCAGCCAUUAGAAUCAUCGGAAUUUGAGUCCGGAGACUAUAAAUGGAAAGUGACAAUGAAUCUUGAUGACAGUGGCGACAUUUCUGUAUCCUUGUGUAUGGUAGGAACAAGCUCUCUACCUACAAGCUGGGAGGUUAAUGCCAUUUUCAACUUCUUUCUCUACAAUCACAUCUCAGAUAACUAUCUUUGUUUUCGAGGAAAAGCACGGCGCUUUCAUGCUAUAAAUCCUGAAUGCGGAUUUUCCAAGUUGAUCACUAAGAAAAGUUUGACAGAUGUCUCUAAUGGAUUCCUUUUCAAGGACAAGUGUGUGUUUGGUGCUGAAGUUUUUGUGAUAAAAAAGCAGCCACCACUCGUUCAGACUGUGUGUGUGCAUCAUGUGUCAAAUCCAUAUAAGCACGAAUGGAAGAUUUCAAAAUUCUCCAAACUCGAAGGAAUUUGGAAGUCUGAGGAGUUCUCUACUGGAGGAUACAAAUGGAAUAUUGAGAUGUAUCCUAAUGGAAAUGGAAGAGCAUGCGGCCGUUAUGUCUCCAUCUUUUUGUACUGUGUUGAUUCAGAGAGUUUUGGUUGUGGUAAAAAAGUGAAUGCAAGCUGCCACUUUACAUUCAAAAACAUGCUCAAUGCUAUAAAAGACCACUCUAUGGAAGGGUGGGGAUAUGUUGAAUUUAAAGCAAUUGAUGAAAUGCGGGACAGCAGCAAAGGCUUCGUUGUUGAUGACUGCUGCACUCUGCAAAUACAACUCUCUGUGGUAGCUCUCCAAGAUGAAGCACUUAUCAAAUGA